GUCGCUCCAAGCUGUCUCUCCUGAAGCCGACGUGGCCAGCUCGGAAGCUCACUCGCCCAGCCGCUCUGUCAAUUUUCCAGCCUUUUCCAUUCCAGACUCCUCCGACCCACACAAUGGCCCCGAAACAAAGAAUGAGAAUCGCCAACGAGAAGGCCAGCAAAAAUGUGACCCUUCGAGGGAACGUCCCGAAGACUACCAAACAAAGUGAUGAGAAAUAUCCUGUCGGACCCUGGCUGCUUGCUUUGUUUGUUUUCGUCGUUUGUGGAUCAGCCAUCUUCCAAAUCAUCCAGAGUAUCAGGAUGGCGUAAACUGUUGUGAUGGCGUCUAUGCUAAAUUGAAACCAUUGGACUUGAAUGUGGACGUGACAACUGUAAAACAAACAGAUCAAACUUCCGCCUUCAGCGACUCAAAUCUUCUGUCCACCUCACUGCAAAUUGAAUAUUCGUCAAGAAACAGCACAAACUUCCUGAAAAAAUUAUUCUUUAAUCUUCUCACAAUCAUUCCCAGGGGUACACCAUUUCAAAAGUAAAACAAAAAAAUUCAAGUGGGCAGUUUAUAUAAAAAAAAACUAUGGUGCCCUUUUCCAUUUUUGUAACUGACAGUACAGCAUCAAUUUUCCAGUGCUUGAAUAUCAUAUUGUAAAACCCCUCACUUCUCAAGAAAAAUUCUUUGUUAAUUUAUAAUUCGCGAUUUUUGUUAUUUAAAUUUUAUGUUUGCACUUAAAAUCAAUUAAAAAGAAAAAUUGAACAACGGCUGGAAAAUGUCACUUAAAUUAUUGCAGCAACAAAUGUAUGCAAUAAAAUGUUGGAAAAAAUUUACGUAAACAAA